UGUUGACCUUUCAUCCAGUGAUACUAUCAAAUCAUCGGCCAAAGUUCUUGCAGGCGAUAUGCUGAGCCACUAUCACGGCAAUGAACCAGGCCAAAUACCAGGAAAUCUUCCCUACCCCUACUACUGGUGGGAGUGCGGAGCCAUGUUUGGUUCUCUGAUCGACUACUGGCUUUAUACAGGUGACUCGGCACACAACGAUCUCGUCACCCAGGGAAUGCAAUUUCAAGUGGGUCCAAAUAAUGAUUUUAUGCCUCCGAAUCAGACCAAGACGCUAGGGAAUGAUGAUCAAUGCUUCUGGGCACUCGCUGCGAUCUCCGCCGCCGAAUCAAAUUUCCCAAACCCGCCAAAGGAUAAACCGCAGUGGCUUGCACUCGCCCAAGCCGUUUUCAAUACUCAAGCACAACGUUGGGACAAGUCAACAUGCGGCGGAGGCCUUAAAUGGCAGAUAUACACCUUUAACAACGGCUACACAUACAAGAACACAAUUUCUAAUGGAUGUUAUUUUAAUCUCGGCGCGAGAUUAGCCUUAUAUACGAGGAAUGAUACAUAUGCGGACUGGGCCACCACAACGUGGAACUGGAUGUCGGAAAUUGGCUUAAUCGAUGAAGAAUAUGCCGUUUUUGAUGGGAGUGACGAGCUGAAAAAUUGUGAUUCUAUCAAUCGCGUACAAUGGAGCUACAAUGUUGGGGUUCUGCUUAACGGUGCAGCAGCUAUGUAUAAUUAUACUGGUGGCACCGACACUUGGCGUCGACAUACUUCUGGACUACUCAAAACCACGUCCUCGACAUUCUUUCGCGAUAAAGUUAUGUUUGAACCUGCCUGUGAACUUGAUGACACCUGCAAUACGGAUCAGCUCUCCUUUAAGGCUUAUCUUAGUCGGUGGAUGGCGGCUACCACUAAAUUAGCCCCAUUUACAUAUGGCACCAUUAAACCUUUACUAAGGGCCUCCGCGGAAGCUGCUAUGUCGCAUUGCAACGGAGGUAACAAUGGACGAACCUGCGGCCUGAAGUGGUCGAACUGGGGAAACUGGGAUGGCUCUGAUGGAAUCGGUCAACAGAUGGCGGCGUUGGAGGUGUUGCAGAGUAAUCUUAUUCAUGCAACCAAAGGACCCGUCAGUGAAGAGGAUGGCGGUACAAGCCAGGGGAAUCCAAGCGCAGGGGGUGAUGGUAGAGGGAAUAAAGAUGUAAAAGCAGGGCCAUGGUCUCAACCUGCCGGUGUAGGUGACCGUGUCGGGGCUGGAGCCUUGACCGCUGUGAUGGCGGCCGGAGUUGUUUGCGGGGUGUGGUGGAUUCUUUGCUGA